AUGGAGAGCUCGUCUGAGGACGACCUAGAGAGUCCAGUAGAGGGCGGAGCCUUGGUUCAGGGUCAGGAUGUCUGGUAUGUGACUUACUCUUCUACUGAGAUCUGUGCAGUGAAAGGAUCAACAGUGGAGAUAAAAUGCUCCUACACAUACCCAUCAACAUGGAGAGGUCGUGUAAACACAAUACAGAAAACAUUCUGGUUCACUGAACAGAAAGAUGGUGAACCUGUAGAUCUGACCACAGACUCAGAGUAUGCAGGUCGUGUAGAGGAUCUCUGUGAAAACAACAUCUGCACUCUGAGAAUCAGAAACCUGAGAGAGAGCGACUCAGCUGAGUACAAGUUCAGAAUCAAAACAAGCCAAGCUUCACGCUGGGGUUAUCCAGUCACUUUGUCCGUCACAGAUCUCCAGGUGGAGGUGAGCAGAUCAGGAUCGUCUACUCUCCUUCAGUGUCUCAGCAGUUGUCCACCUGGUCAUACUUCUUACAUCUGGUUUAAGAAUGGACAGAAAGUGAAGGAAGACACAUCUCCUAAUGCAGACUUCAGAUAUGAUCCAGCAGACAGUUAUUCCUGUGCUUUGAAGGGAUAUGAGGACUUCCCCUCUCCUUCAGUGUAUCCUCCAAAGCUCCCCUCUGUGUCAGUGAGUCCCCCUGCUGAGAUAGAGGAGGGCAGUUCAGUGACUCUGACCUGUAGCAGUGAUGCUAACCCAGCAGCUAACUACACCUGGUACAAGACGGAACAAAAUUCACAACUUUCUUUUGUCAAAGAAGGACCACGUCUCGUCCUCAGCUCCUUCCAGGUUUCUGACUCUGGACGGUAUUUCUGCAGAGCUGAGAAUCUGCUGGGGAGUAGAAGAUCUGAAUCCAUCUCUAUUGAUGUGAAAUAUGCUCCAAAGCCUCCCUCUGUGUCAGUGAGUCCCUCUGCUGAGAUAGAGGAGGGCAGUUCAGUGACUCUGACCUGUAGCAGUGAUGCUAACCCAGCAGCUAACUACACCUGGUACAAGAAGAAUGGAAAUGCAGACCUUUCCUCUGUCAGUGAAGGACCACGUAUUUUCCUCAGCUCCAUCCAGUCCUCUGACUCUGGACAGUAUUUCUGUAGAGCUGAGAAUCUACUGGGGAGUAGAAGAUCUGAAUCCAUCUUUAUUGAUGCGACAUAUGCUCCAAAGCUCCCCUCUGUGUCAGUGAGUCCCUCUGCUGAGAUAGAGGAGGGCAGUUCAGUGACUCUGACCUGUAGCAGUGAUGCUAACCCAGCAGCUAACUACACCUGGUACAAGACGGAACAAAAUUCACAACUUUCUUUUGUCAAAGAAGGACCACGUCUCGUCCUCAGCUCCUUCCAGGUUUCUGACUCUGGACGGUAUUUCUGCAGAGCUGAGAAUCUGCUGGGGAGUAGAAGAUCUGAAUCCAUCUUUAUUGAUGUGAAAUAUGCUCCAAAGCCUCCCUCUGUGUCAGUGAGUCCCUCUGCUGAGAUAGAGGAGGGCAGUUCAGUGACUCUGACCUGUAGCAGUGAUGCUAACCCAGCAGCUAACUACACCUGGUACAAGGAGGAUGGAAAUGCAGACCUUUCCUCUGUCAGUGAAGGACCACGUCUUUUCCUCAGCUCCAUCCAGUCCUCUGACUCUGGACAGUAUUACUGUAGAGCUGAGAAUCUACUGGGGAGUAGAAGAUCUGAAUCCAUCUUUAUUGAUGCGACAUACUCUCCAAAGCUCCCCUCUGUGUCAGCGAGUCCCUCUGCUGAGAUAGAGGAGGGCAGUUCAGUGACUCUGACCUGUAGCAGUGAUGCUAACCCAGCAGCUAACUACACCUGGUACAAGGAGGAUGAAGACUCUCCAAAAGCUUCAGGACAGAUCUUCACCAUCACUGACUUCAGAGCUGAACACAGUGGGAGUUAUUCCUGUGGAGCCCAGAACAAGUUAGGACGUAGUAACUCCACCUUAACUCUGAUUGUUGUGGCAGGGAGUUCAACAACGAUAGUGAAUAUCAUCAGGACGACUCUGGGGGUCUUGAUUCUGAUCUCUGUGUUUCUCCUGAGUCUGUGGAUGAGGAAGAAGAAAGCUCUGCGCUCCACCACUGAAGCACCUGAACCUGAAGAGAUAGAGUUGGACUCUGAUCCUGAGUAUGAGAACGUCUCACACACUGCAGCACAGACAGAAGACACAGAGGAGCAGGAAGACAUGGUGUGAAGUCCAGUCAGACGCUCACCUGAUGGAAACAAAGAAGAAGGACUGUGAAGCUGACAAUUGAGCGGCCCGACCAAGCAAGGAGACAGAGGCAGAACGUCCAAAAAUACAACCCGGUGUGGGCAUUUAUUCAAAUCAUAAGCACAUGAUUCACAGCCUCAAUUGCUGUCCCCCUGAACACAGUCAGCAGCCACAAGGAUCUC